AUGAUAUCCUGUGGAUACGUUGGGAAUUUGUCUAUACUUCAACUACCAUUCUCACCAAUAGGAGAAAUUGGCUUUCCUCAUCGAUCGGGUCCAAACGAGCAAGCACCUCGGAUUUCGAGAAAUAAGCAUUCCGUUCACAAGGAAAUUGCCAGCUACGGGGUGGAGCAAAACGGGCGGAAGUGGGAAGAUCUGCAACACUACCGCGGAAGCGCCUGGACGAGGCCAAGUUUUACCCACGUAGAUCCCGCUGGGUGGUGGCCUGGCUUACGCAGCGCCACAAUAUCUAGAAUGAAUCUGCUCACUACUCAUCCCUCCCAAAGACCUAUAGAGACUACCUAUGGCUCAACUGGCCUCUAUUACAUCCUGUUCGAUUCGGGGAUUUCCACCACGAAGGAAGUUGCUUCCGGUUCGAGAAUUAGAAACGCGCGAGUCGACCUCGGCGAACCCGGCGGCCCUCCCACUUUCCACGUACUUUUUCGUCUGAACUCUUUGAUGCGGCGUGCCUGGGCGGUGCCUGGGCUGGCGUCAUCGCUGUUGGGAAGUAUGCUGUUCUUCUACUUCUAG